AUGGCCUCUUGCGACGACGACGACGACUUUUCUCUCCUCCGUGACGACAACCACCACCUCCAUCAAUCCUACGCGCCGCACCACCACUUCUCCCCCGCCGCCGUCGCCGUCGCCCCCGUCCCGCCCAAACCCGUCGCCGACGAUGCUGAGGACUAUGGAAACCCCUUCGACGACGACGGCGGCAGCGAGAAACGGAAGGACCGCGAGGAGAUCGGUGAGGGAGCCACGUCUUACGGAUUCAACAAGAGAUCUAAGGCUCCGCCGUCGAGCACCGGCAGCGCCGAGUACCGGAAGGACAGGGAAGAGUGGAGUGACACGGCAAUCGUGUGCCUCCUCGACGUGUACACGGAUAAGUUCACACAGCUGAAUCGGGGAAACCUGAGAGGAAGGGAUUGGGAGGAUGUUGCGUUGCUGGUGAGCCAACGGUGCGAUAACCAAUCGAAGAGCGUGGAACAGUGUAAGAACAAGGUCGAUAACCUAAAGAAGAGGUACAAAUUGGAGCGACAUAGGAUGAGCAGUGGCUGCAUUUCCACCAGUCACUGGCCUUGGUUCAAGCAAUUGGAACAGAUCGUCGGGAAUUCUCUUCCGGCGAAGUUCUCCGAUGAGGAUAAAGCGGUUGUUUCUGCUGGAACUUCGCCCAGGCAAUCAAAGAGAUAUGGAGUGGCCACACCCAGCACUGGAGGUCAAGUGAAUAACAUAAGGUCGAAAGCACUGACAAACCUUAGAUGGCGGAGGGUAGUCUUCAAAAUUAGUGGAGCAGCUCUUACUGGAUCUGAUACCUGCAACGUUGACCCUAAGGUGGCUAUGUUAGUUUCAAGAGAAGUUGGCAUAGCUUCCCGCCUUGGUGUCGAGGUGGCGAUUGUUGUUGGAGGUCGUAAUUUCUUCUCUGGAGAUGCAUGGGUAAAUGGUUUAGAAAGAUGUACCGCAUACCAAGUUGGCAUGAUGGCAACUGUGAUGAAUUCAAUAUUGCUCCAAUCGACUCUGGAGAAGAUGGGUGUUCAGACUCGUGUACAAACUUCAGUUGCCAUGCAGGAGUUUGCUGAACCAUACAAUAGGCAGCGGGCCAUCAGACAUCUUGAGAAAGGAAGAGUUGUUAUAUUUGGUGGCAUCAGUUUUGGUGCUGGCAAUCCACUUUUCUCAACUGACAUAGCUGCAGCUCUUCGUGCUUCAGAGCUUAAUGCUGAAGCAGUCCUCAAGGGUACUAACGUAGAUGGUGUGUAUGACCGCAACUCAAGAGAUAACAACUUCACUUUUGAGCAUAUAUCCUUCAGAGAGCUAGGUUCAAGAGGCGUCACCUCUAUGAAUAUGUCCGCUCUGACAUUCUGUGAGGAAAAUGCCAUUCCUGUUGUGGUUUUUAAUCUACUGGAGCCUGGGAACAUCUCUAAAGCUUUAUGUGGAGAACAAGUUGGCACACUAAUUGACCAAACUGGAGCAAUAAGCUAA